AUGGACGCCCUUGUUAAAUACAAAUCCAAAUCUGACGCGAUCGCUCGGCGAGGUCACAGCCAUGAUCGAAUUAUGCACACGUCGUUCAAGGACCUAAUACCUCUACGACAGCGUGUUGAUGCUGAGAAGAUUGAUCUGUCUCGCCCUGACAAAGAGUCUGUUGCAGCCACGACCGAGAGGACCAAGAAUGCGCUCGCAGCCCUCAUCAGUGGCGCUGUUGCGGCGCAGAGACCCAAGAACGUAAAUGUUGGAAACAGAAACGAUCCGACCUUUGUACGAUAUACACCUGCCAGUCAGAUGGGGGACGACUCGCAGAAGGAAACCCGAAUAAUGAAGAUUGUCGAGCGCCAACGAGACCCGAUGGAACCUCCCAAGUUCAAACAUAAAAAGAUUCCUCGUGGACCACCGUCACCACCCCCGCCCGUCAUGCAUUCACCACCUCGAAAACUCACAGCUCAAGACCAGGAAAUGUGGAGGAUUCCCCCCGCAAUCUCCAACUGGAAGAACCCAAAGGGUUUCACAGUGCCCCUAGAUAAGCGUCUGGCUGCGGAUGGCCGUGGCUUGCAGGACAUUAGCAUCAAUGACAAACAUGCUCAAUUUGCAGAGGCAGUAAAGAUGGCUGAAAGGCAUGCACGAGAAGAGGUUCAACAGCGUGCGCUGAUGCAACAGAGGCUGGCGGAAAAGGAGAAGGCACAAAAGGACGAAAAUCUGCGGGCACUGGCCCAAAAGGCUCGAGAGGAGCGGGCGGGCGGUGGGCGCGGGAGCGGGCGUUCACCCGAUUCGAGAGACUCCAGGUCACGAUCGGGAAGUUACAGCGGAUCUGACUCGGCAUCCGACAGCGAAGAUUCCGAGAUACGGGAACGAGAGAAGGCUCGAAGAGAGAAGAGAAAGGAAGAAGAGAGAAAGCUGCGACAGAACCGCAUGGGUGCUGAACGGCGUAUUCAGGUCAUGGCAAGGGAACAAAACCGAGACAUUUCAGAAAAGAUUGCUCUGGGGUUGGCCAAGCCGACACAGUCCAAGGAGACAAUGUACGACUCACGGCUAUUUAAUCAAUCGAGCGGUUUCGACAGCGGAUUCAACGAGGAUAAUCACUACGACAAGCCACUGUUUGCAGCCCAGGAUGCAAUCAGCAGCAUCUACCGACCGCGGGCAAACAUGGAUGACGACGAUCCUGAAGCUGGCGAUAAGGAGAUGGCCAAGAUUCAAAAGACGAGUCGGUUUGGAGAGGCACUCGGCAAAGGCACCUUUAAGGGAGCGGCUGAUGUAGAGGCCCGUGAAGGACCAGUGCAAUUCGAAAAAGAAAUUGCCGACCCAUUCAACGUGGACAAAUUUCUGUCCGAGGUUGACCAGAAUUCGUCGGCAAAGAGGGGAUACGGGUUAAAUGACGAAGACCGGCAACCAAAGCGGCCGAGGGUAGAGGACGAGGAUGAUUAA